AUGGGAACCUGUCUGGAUUGGCUGAGUCUUCUGAAUGCUCUCAAUGUGACCCUGGGACCUAUUGUAUGGGGUCAGGAAAUGUGUCACCAACUGGCUCUUGCAGUGCUGGAUUCUUGUGUUUUGGAGGAGCCGUCCUUCCCUCCCCAAAUGAUAAUGAGACUGGAAUACCAUGUGCAAUUGGGGUUUUAUUGCUCAGAGCCAGGUCUGACCACAGUCAGUGGACCCUGCUUGCCAGGGUUUUACUGCAGUGAAGGAUCUCAGACUUCAGCUCCCGUGUCAGCCGUGUAUGGUGAUAUUUGUCCUACAGGUCACUACUGUGAAAUUGGUAGUGCUGUGCCAACUCCCUGCCCAGUGGGCAGCCGGCGCCCUGAUAGUGGGGGAAAGGGCACAGAUGAUUGCAUGCCUUGCCCUGGAGGUCAGUUUCAGGAUCAGAAGGGACAGAGUGAGUGUAAACCCUGUCCUCCAGGUUUCCAUUGCAUCAACCCCACAAGAGGCUUUAUGGGGGUCAGCACUCCUUUGGUCUGUCCUGAAGGCUUUUACUGCCCCAAUGAGACUCAGUCUGGAAACCCAGUUCCAUGUCCCAAAGGCACAUACAGUGAUUCUCUUGGCCUCAUUUCAGCAGAGCAGUGCCUUUUGUGUCCUAUGGGACAUUUCUGCGGUUCAGAUGGACUCUCUGAGCCCUCGGGGCCCUGUGCUCCUGGAUUCCUCUGUUUUGUGCAGGCCACAGUUCCCAACCCCACUGACAACAGCACUGGCACUUUGUGUCCACCAGGGGCAUACUGCCUUCUGGGAACAAGAGCAGGUGAAUGUUCUGCGGGCUACUACUGUGACUGGGGCUCCAACAGUCCGGAGCAGAGCCUCUGUCCUGCCAGUUUCUAUUGCCCCACAGGCACACACAAGCCCCUGGCCUGCACUGCAGGCACUUACAGCUCCGUCAUGGGCAACAGUCACAGAGAAAAUUGUGAGCCAUGUCCAUUAGGCUACUACUGUCAGGGAAUCCUGGAGGUCGCUCAGGAAGAGAGGGCUCUGGUGGGUGCUCAGGAGGAGCGGGCACUUGAGGGCGCUCUGGAGGAGUGGGCACUUGAGGGCUGGACAGGACCAGCGAAGGCGACGAAAGAGAGCUGGAUGGGACCAGCGGAGGCGAAGGAGACGAAGGAGGCUCAGAGAAGUGUGUUUGCACGGUUUCUGGGGUGA